CCCCCUCCUGCCCUAUUCCGUUCCAACCGCCUGGCUUUGUGGGGGGGCCGUGCCGCGCCGAGCUCGGGUCCGCCUUCUGGGACCCUCCGCUCACCGCGUAACGUCCUGCGGAGCUCCCGGAGGGCUUUGGGAGGGCAGCCCUGAGGGAGAUCUGGGGUCUCUCCGCUGUGGCUGCCGUGGAAAUUUUCUCAGAUUCCUGUCCCUGUGCUACUAAAAUCAUCCCUAACUAAAGAUGCAUCCAGACCUGUCUCCUCAUCUGCACACUGAAGAGUGUAACCUAAUUAUCAGUCUGCUCAAGAAGUGUCACAGGGAGCACAAUGUUUUGAAGUUUUUUGGCCACUGCAAUGAUAUUGACCGUGAGAUGAGGAAGUGCUUAAAGAAAGAGUACGAAGAAAACAGGCGCAGGAACCGGGAGAAGCGACAGAGGAUGAUGAACGCGCACAGAGCCGCAGAGCAGUGAGCGCUGCUGGGGCUGGGCAGCUGCAGCUCCACAGGGAUGUCACUUGUCCAGCCUGUGGUGUGUGAGAUGGUGACAAAAUAAAGGCAUCUAAUGCAUACUCAUUCCCAGCAAGGCAAACAAUGUGAAAAAAAUAAAUACCAUACAUCACUCACAACCUAAGUUAAUUUUCGACCUCUAAAAGAAAACUACGGUGGCAAAUCUUUGUUCUGGCAUUUUUAUGGUUGUUAAGUAAUGAGGAGUUGGUGUGUGUGAGGUACUGUGUGUUCCCCACUUUGUACUGAGUUGCAUUUAUCUCCUUGUGUUUAGCAGUUUCUUUUUCAUAUCAUAGGCUUUGUAGUGACUUUCUGUUUGUUUUUCAUUGCAAAACACUAAGUUACUUUUUUCAUAACUUUUUGUAGUGUUGUGAUAACACUUUUAAACGGAUUAGGAAAGAGAAAUUUUAAACAGAUGUGGCUUGAAAUUGGGAAUUUCCUAUCAAGGAGUAAUUGGAGUUCUAGUAUUUUUAUGGGAGCUAAAAGGAUGAAGCUACUGUCUUCAGCUGAGAAGAUUACAAAUCCUCCCUGCCAACCAUAUGUACAGUGUAGACUGUUGUAAGACAAUUUGUUCAUCAUACCCAAAACAAGCGGCUUUAGAAAUUCAGAAUGGAACAUUUCCAGGGAUUUACAAAGCUUCCCCUUGAUUUUUGUUGAGUACAAUCAAUGUGUGCUGAGUGAUUUUUGAAGAGGAGUGCCGCCAAAAAGAUAAGCUGAAGUUCUUCCAUUUUCUCUGGUACAAAAGUAAAAUCACAUUAUGACAAUUGAGGUUGAAGCAAAGCUGACACUGAAGUGAAGAAAAGUGUAACUUUCUCAGGCAAGUCCAUGUGUGUUGUGUGACCAGGUUGCCUUGUUAGCCUAUCAAAGGUGUUUAUUUUCCAUCAAACUGCUGGAAGCCCAGAACAAGUCUCAGAAUUCAGAAGAUUUGAUAUCAAAACAUACACUGGUUUGUCCACUGGUGGAGCUGCUUCUCUGUGUGUCUGCUGGAUCCGCCUUACUUUUAAAUAAUGCCUCUGUUCUGCCUAGCAGCAAAGGACUUUUUUAAAAUAUAAAUUUUGUUGAGCCAAAUAUACAAAGUAUCUAGAAAACUUUUGGAAAAAAGGUGCCUGUUUUACAGUGAAUUACAUGAUUUGUUGUAAGAACCAUUGUUGAUACUCAAUCUUGAAAUUGGUACGUGCCCCUGUUUUUGGAAGAAAAUGGUAUUUUGUGAGCUCUUUUGAAGGGUGA